GCGUCAACACUCUAUUUCUCUUCUUCUCCUUCUUCUCCCUCAUUUUGUUUCAAAGCGAACGCUUUCUUCUUCCUCUAUCUCUUUCGGGUUCGGAUUUUCAAGGAAGCGCAGAACUAUGCCACCGAUCAGGAACGAGAACAGUUCUGAGAAUACCCAGCUGAGAUUACUUAAGGUUGCGUUUUCCCAUUUCUUCCUUUGCUUUCUCUCUGGUCGGUUAUGCUUUUUUGGUUUCAAUUCAAUUCUUAUUGAGAAUCUUUGCAUGAAAUUUGCGUAGCAGGGUAUGAAAUUCUAUAUUGAGAUGAGGAGAAAGAGAGAGUAAUUCCACUAUAUAUAAUGUUUUACAUCUUAUAGUUAUGGUAAGUAUAAUAUACAGAUUGCGUUUAGAAUGGAAGCAUGUAAGGGUCUUAUUGUUAUUAUUUUGAAAUUCUUGCCUUGAAUUGCUCUUUUUGAAUUCUUCCCUUAAAUUGUUGUGUUGGAUUGCUUUCUUUACCGUUACUGACUUGCAUUGUUUUUCCUUUGAUUUUGAUCUCCCUGAUUAUUGCCUUGUGCUUAUGACUUUGAGUUUCUUCAGUCUUUGUAUCUUGAUUGGCUUGAUUACUACCCCUGAUGGUGUUUUCAAUAGUACUUUUAAUGGAAUGCAUGACACUAUCAUGGAGGAGCAAGGGAAACAAUGUGCUUUCUAUUCAAGCCAGAUCCUUUUCGAUUUUCAAUAACAUUUGAUUUUUACUUUCAAUUUAUCUGUAUGUCUAACUAAAAUUAAACAAUUUACUGAUUUAGAAAGAGAAGAAAAAGUUGUCAAAGCAACUGAAGCGCACAAAACAGAGGCUGGAGAAGGACAAGGCAAAGGUAGAAGAGAUAGAAAUCGAAUUAGCUGAAUGGGGAAAGCUGGUUGAGCUCGACAAAAUGGAAAAUGCGUACACUGAAUAUUGCAUUUUUCUUACACAUGAUAUUAUUUCUGCAGAAGAUGACGGUGACUUUGCGAGAGCUGAACUUCUUAAGCACUCUGGGAGUGUGUUGUUGGCCAAGAUGGAGGAGGAAAUACAAGCUUUCAAGAAUGCUGGUGGGAAUCGUGAGUGAGCAGUAUUUCUUAUAUAUCUUUGGUUUGGAUUGUACUAUGAUAUUUGAAGUAAUUCUCAGUGUUACCUCUUGGUACUUCUAGGUUUUAAUUUUCUGUUUCAUGACUUCAGUUUUACUGGAUUGCUGCUUAUGUUCUAUUGCAACUUCAUGACAAAUUAUCUAUGUCUUUAUUUACUUUUGGUUAGCUCUUCUCUGCUUCUUGUUGUUACUGUCAAACAGACAAUUAUCUCAUCUAGAUUGCCCUGUCCCUUAAUAAGGUGAUGCUAGAUUG